GAUGCUGCUGCUCCUGAAACACGAAUGAAGCCAUGCAAAAAGUGCUUUAUACUUUUUUUGAGCGCAGGAGAAGCAGAUGAUAAAACCAAACUAAACCAAGUCAUCUGUGUCCGUCCCAUCCAAAGUUGGAUUAGUUUUGAAUUGGGUGAGAGAUCAGGCGUGAAAGUGUCCUCUCAGAAGCAGCAUGAGCUCUCCACCUCACAGUACAGCGACAGAGGCUUCGUGGACUAUUGGACCUUCAGAACUGGAGAUGAGUGAAGUUGUGCACAUGCGAAAUGACAGUGUGCGGUUCGGCAGGAGUUCCCCGGCGUCCGCGGAGCCGGCAGUGAUCACUCAACGCCAGGCAUCUCACCUCCAUCCUCGCAUGUCCGUGUACAGCGCCACCCGUCCCACACUCUCCAGAUCCUUCUUACAAGGACGUGCAUAUAAUUUCUUGGAGAGACCUUCGGGUUGGAAAUGCUUUGUGUAUCAUUUUACAGUAUUCCUCAUUGUGCUUUCUUGCCUGAUCCUCAGUGUGCUGUCCACCAUUGAUGAGUAUCAAACACUGGCUAAUAAAACACUAUUCUGGGUGGAAUUAGUGCUGGUACUUUUCUUUGGUCUGGAGUAUGCAGUACGUCUGUGGUCAGCUGGAUGCCGGAGUAAAUAUGUGGGAAUUCUGGGCAGGCUUCGCUUUGCCCGAAAGCCCAUUUCUGUGAUCGACCUGAUUGUGGUGGUGGCCUCUAUUGUUGUAUUGGCAUUUGGCUCUAAAGGUCAGGUCUUUGCCACCUCUACUGUCAGAGGAGUCCGCUUUCUUCAAAUCCUGCGAAUGCUGCAUGUGGAUCGACAGGGAGGAACCUGGAGGCUGCUUGGAUCAGUAGUCUUCGUACAUCGCCAGGAACUGAUCACAACUCUUUAUAUCGGAUUCCUUGGACUUAUCUUCUCUUCCUACUUCGUGUAUCUGGCAGAGAAGGAUGCCGUGGAUGAUAGUGGUUUCACAGAGUUCAGCAGCUAUGCUGAUGCUCUGUGGUGGGGUGUGGUGACAGUAACCACUAUUGGCUAUGGAGACAAAGUCCCUCAGACUUGGAUCGGGAAGACCAUUGCAUCCUGUUUCUCUGUCUUUGCCAUCUCGUUUUUUGCCCUCCCUGCUGGAAUCCUAGGCUCCGGUUUUGCUCUGAAGGUGCAGCAGAAACAGAGACAAAAACAUUUCAACAGGCAAAUUCCUGCAGCUGCAUGUCUGAUACAGGCAUCCUGGAGGUGUUUUGCCUUAGAGAACCGUGAUUCUGCCACCUACAAGUUAUUUGUGAAAAGGAACAUCAGCAGCUCAGUGUCCAGCCCUAAAUUGAAGGUGAAGAUGAGGAAGAAAAUGAAGAUUAAUGACAAGGAUGAUGGACUGAGUUUUGCUACCGUACCUUCCAUAACCUAUGACUCCUUAGAUGACGGGAAGGACGGCGGACCAGAUACAGUGUGCAGUAUUCAACAGUCAGAGCGGGUGCCAUCCUGGAACUCUCUAUCCUCUUUCCAGUUCUCUACAUCUCCCGGGAAAAAGCCUGGGAUUUUGGAAACGCAGUCUCGGCCCACACUCCGGAGGAGCAGCAGCAUCGCAGAUGAUAUGGAAAUUGAGCUGGAGCGAGAGAUUUCGCUUGUUCCAGUCACUCAUGUGUCUCAGUUGCGGGAUUCCCAUCGAGCAGCCAUUCGUGUGAUCCAGAGGAUGUUUUACUUUGUGGCCAAAAAGAAGUUCCAGCAAGCACGUAAGCCGUACGAUGUGAGGGACGUCAUUGAGCAGUAUUCGCAAGGUCAUCUCAACCUCAUGGUGCGCAUCAAGGAGCUCCAGAGAAGACUGGAUCAGUCCUUAGGGAAGCUGUCUUUCUACCAGACAAGUUCAGAGCGCAUAAAAGACAAAGGCAUAAACACUAUUGGCUCCAGACUCAACAGGAUGGAAGAGAAGAUCACACACAUGGACAGGACACUGAACAGCAUUGCAGAAUCUCUCAACCUCAUGUUGGCGCGAGAGAGACGAGGAGAUCUGGCCAGAGGGAAGGAACUGCGUAGCAGCUUCCACCGACAGUCAGCCACCUUCAGCCUUUCAGUGCCGUGCAGACAGGACAGCCUGUCCAGCUCAGAGCAACUGUCCACAACAACUGUCAUUCACGAAGACAGCUGAGCGAGUCACUAAAGCACCACUAAAUCACAGAGUGCCUGAUAUACUGGGCCAGUUUUGGUUAGAAUUAAUAUAAGAGAUUAGGUAUGGCUCAGGUUCAGCAUCAGCUGAUUUUAAAAUAUCGUCUUCUUUGACUAUUCCAUCUUUAGAAUUUGAAUUGAAUUUCUUUUGAAGCAACAAGACAUGGAAACAUAUUUUUAGCAUACCAUUGUUUGUGCAGUUUUUUAUUUUAAACGAAGGUAUUUCAUACUUUUUGUGAUAAGUUUGACUUCUUCCGUCCACUGUUAAAAUUAAGGGUUCAACAAGGGGGAUUUCAUUGAAGAACCAUUAUUGUAUUCCCAAAAGAACCUUUCAGUGAACAGUUCUUAAAAGAAUAAUUGUUUAGAGUGAAGAACUUUUUAAUAAAUUAAAGAAACUUUUUCAAUUAUAAAGAACCUUUUGUACAGUGGAAAGUUUCCAUGGAUGUUCCAGAUGCCAGUAAAGAACCCUUAUUUUUAGAUGUGCAGAUAUGAACAUUGUGACAUUAUUUGGAGUGUUAUGAAUUGUUGAAUGUUUUUAAAGGGGUCAUGUGACGUUGCUAAAAAAGAACAUUAUGUUGUG